AUGGGCGAUGAUGACAUCGACAUCAUCGGUAACAAAAACCUCGAACUUUGUUCGGCAACAAACAACAUUAUUUCUGUAGAUUGGAGCUGCAAAUCGCAAUCUCUCAAUUACGCUUCGUCGAAAGCCAUGAUUGACUUCUUGUACAAGGAAGGUGGUUUAUCUUUUGAGACGCUGCAUGUAAUCGGUCACAGUUUGGCUGCACACAUCUCUGGGUUUGCCGGCAAAAAUGUACGAAAUGGACGUAUUCAACAGAUUACCGGCUUGGACCAUGCAUUGCCGUUGUUCAGUUAUGAUGAACCAGCUGAACGUUUGAAUGAAGAUGAUGCCGAAUAUGUUGAUUCUAUUCAGACGUGUAGUGGUCUUUUCGGUUUCUUAAAGCCAAUUGGCAAAGCUGCCUUUUAUCCCAACGGUGGUAAGAGUCAACCCGGUUGUGGUUUGAAUAUUUCCGGUUCGUGUGCUCACGGACGCUCAUGGUUAUACUAUGCUGAAGCUGUUUCCAAUAAUGAUUUUCCAUCGGUGAAGUGUGAAAACUAUAAAAAUUCUAUCAAGAAUUCAUGUGGUAGCACUUAUUCCUCAAUUCGUAUGGCUGCCCCUAGUAGCAUUGUCAGUGCCUUUGGUCAUUUCUAUGUGCCCGUAAACAAGAAGACCCCAUAUGGUAUGGGUCAGUAA